CACCGUCACAGAUCCGUGAAGCGGCUCAGCUUCCGGUCGGCUCCACUCAACUUCCUCUAAAAACAAAACCACGUGUGUGCGGAAUGAACCGGAGUCUGUCGGCCGCCGUCCGCCUGCAGGAGCGGGAAUAGAGUCGUUAACGGACGACGGUUGGUGUCCGUUACAACCGUAGAACGCUUCUGCUAGAGACGAGCGACAGGGCUUCACCAUGAGUUUUGUGGAGUACUCGGACUUCAUUCAGGACGGGGACGUUGCCAUCGUCUAUAUGGGCCAUGAAUCCAUGAUGCCGGUCAAGGUGCAGAAGGGCGCCCAAACGCAGACGCGCUACGGAGUCAUUCGCCACUCCACGGACCUCAUCGGCCAGCGGUACGGGUCCAAGGUCACCUGCAGCAAAGGCGGCUGGGUCCACGUGCUCCACCCGACGCCGGAGCUGUGGACGGUCACGCUGCCGCACCGCACGCAGAUCCUCUACACCACCGACAUCGCCACCAUCACCAUGAUGCUGGAGCUGAAGCCGGGAUCCGUCGUCUGCGAGUCAGGGACCGGCAGCGGCUCGCUCUCCCACGCCAUCCUGCGCACCAUCGCGCCCACAGGUCACCUGCACACGGUGGAGUUCCACCAGCAGCGGGCGGAGAAGGCGGCCGAGGAGUUCAAGGAGCACCGCGUGGAUCGUCUGGUCACCGUCAGGAACCAGGACGUGUGCAAGGACGGGUUCGGAGUGACCGGGGUGGCGGACGCCGUCUUCCUGGACAUCCCCAGCCCCUGGGAGGCGGUGAGACACGCCAAGACCGCCAUGAAGAAACACG